CUGCAACAAGAGAGCGAGAGACGAGAGGAAGAAGAGCGAGAGAACUUUUUGCCUCUUUUCCUCAUCUAUUUCUUCUUGUUUAUGAUAUUCUGAAGACAUGGCGGUGGAGCUUAUGGGUUACAGGAGUGAUUCCUUUGCAGCAAUCAGAACAGAGGAGAAUGCAGUAGAAGAAGCUGCUUCUGCGGGGCUACAAAGCGUUGAGAAGCUAAUAAAAUUGUUGUCUCAGAGGCAACAACAACAGCAACAGCAACAGCAACAACAAGAGCAGUAUCAGAUCUCGUCUAAUCCUAAGGCGGCCAUGGAGAUUGAUAUGGAUUGUAGGGAGGUUGCAGAUGUUGCUGUAACCAAGUUUAGGAAAGUGAUUUCGUUACUGGAUCGGACCAGAACAGGCCAUGCUCGCUUCAGAAGGGCUCCCAUGGCUUCCCCUCUCCAAAAUACCCUUACCACCGACGAGCCCUGUUCCAUGACCAAUCAGCAUCAGCAUCAGCAGCAAAAGCAGCAACAACAACAACAACAGCAGGAGGAGGAGAAAGAGAAGCAGUCAUCUGGGUCCAAGAUUUAUUGUCCGACGCCGAUCCAACGGCUACCCCCUCUUCCUCUUCCUCUUCCUCAUCAUCAACAUCAACAUCACCAUUUCUUCCAACCCACCAACAAUCCUAACCUGCAGACGACGAAGAACGGUGUUCUCGAAAGAAAGGAAUCGGCGACGACUAUUAGUUUCAGUGCUUCUCCGCCUAUCUCCGCCGCGAAUUCCUUUAUGUCGUCGUUGACAGGCGACACGGAUAGUAAGCAGCCUUCCUCAUCGUCGGCUUUUCAGAUUACGCAUCUGUCUCAAGUUUCAUCGGCAGGACGGCCUCCUCUGUCUUCUUCUUCGCUGAAGAGGAAGUGCAACGCAUCCGUCGAUGCCGCUGCAAAAUGUGGAACCUCUUCUACCGGCUGCCAUUGCUCGAAGCGAAGGAAAUCGAGGGUGAAGAGGGUAGUGAAAGUCCCUGCAAUUAGCUUAAAGAUGGCCGAUAUCCCAACUGACGAUUUCUCCUGGAGGAAGUACGGGCAAAAACCAAUUAAAGGAUCCCCACAUCCAAGGGGUUACUACAAGUGCAGCAGCGUCAGAGGUUGCCCUGCACGCAAGCACGUAGAGAGGGCUGUGGACGAUCCAUCGAUGCUGAUUGUCACCUACGAAGGCGAGCACAAUCAUGGGCAACCCGUCUCAGAGCCAACCAAUCUCAUUCUUGAAUCUUCUUAAAUUUGUAAUUUUCGUCAUCAAAACAGAGAAGAAAAAGAAACCCAGAUGAGAAGAGAGGUAGAAGAAAGAAACCCCUAAUUUGAGCAAUCAAGCAAGAAAGAAAGAAAGGUCAAAGGGAGGGGCAUGGAGCAGAGGCCAAGGGGGAUGGAUGGGGAUUGGGAAGGGGUCCAGAGCUCCAAGUCUAAGGAGACUAAAUGGAUUUGUCCUUUCCCUGUAAAAUACGGGAUUCCUUGUUUUUCUUUUCUUUUUUAGAACUUUUUUCCUAGUACUGUUAAUGUCCAAACUCCAAAAUUCAUAACUUCAGACUUAAAAGAAAAGAAAUGAAAAUGAGAAGAAAGUGGGGGCAAAUUGUGGAUUUGGUGAAAGGUUGAAACUGGAAAGUGGGUUCGGUACUUGGGUUCCGGUCUUCUGCUUUUGCUUUAACUUUGGUUCUUGUGAGGAUAGAAUAAUAUGUAGUGCUCGCUCCCUAAUCAUCUUUGCUUUA